GUAACAGUCUUAUAAACGCGUCGCACUAAGACACUUCACCGAAAAAAUAUAAAAUUCAGAUUCAAAAUAAUACAUUUUCGCGCGCUUUUUUGUGUCUGACAGUGACGUUACGUUAAAAAAGUUUGUGUUUUUAAACGAAAAAGGUUUUAUAAUUUUUAAUAACUUUUUUAUAAAAUGGAACAAACAGAUAUUGAUGACAGUGUAAUUGUUAAAGACUUUACCGGUAGUAUUGAUAGUACGGAAAAAAGUAACUCGACUGAAAUGGACACAGGAAGAAUUUUAGGACUCUUACCAAUAUUUAUAUUGAUAUUAAUAAUGUUUAUAAGAAUAAUAUUUAUGGUGUACAAAAAUAACGGGCAAAAGACGCGCAACUCGCAACAGAGACGAACAUACAUGGGCUCUCGACAGCGACCGUCAGAUUCACAGUCGGAACCAACUGUUUACGUCAGCCCAUCCAACUAUCCCCCACCGCCCAAAUAUGAGGCAAUGGCACCGCCUAGUUACGAAGAAGUAGUUGGAAUCCACUAUCCGAGCUUUCAACCAACGGUUCAACCGAUAACCCAACCAAUCACAGCAGCGCUUGCACAGGGCUCAAAUUCAACGAACAGUGAAAAUGAAAACAGUGCCAACAGUAACGUUAACGUUGUACCAAAUAACGUUAAUGUGCGUAACGAUAACGUUACUCCAUCAACAGUUAUAACUGUUAACGCAGACGAACGAACAACCGUAACGGUUGCAGCUUCAUGAUUCUAGAAUAUAAUAUUAUAUAUUUAUUAACCAGUUCGACUGGUGUGGAAAUGCAUUUAUGGGGUUAAGUACAUAGGAUUAUGUACAUGUAUGAGAGCUAUAUAAACGAAUGUAUAUAAUUUUGGUUAUCAAAAAUAGCGUAAUAUUUUACAGUUUGAAGACUUGAUUUCAUAACACACUUUUAAAUAUUAAGAAGUUAAAUUAUGAUAAUUCACGUCUUCCGUUGCUUAUAUCUUUGCACAUAUAUUUUUAUUAUAAGAAAUUAAGCAACGUUAUGACAGUCAACACUAUGUAAAUACAGUUAAAUAAAAUAACCCUUAAUUAACGUUAUUAACGAGUAACGAAGUCAUGAACAAGUUAAUUUUAUAAAUAUGAGAUUUUCGUAAUAAUUUUCAGUCUUUCAAGAGGACGUAAGACUGACUGUUGUUACAAUUAAUAAUAUUAUUAAAAUACACGUUAUUUACAAAUCUAUUGUUAAAAUAACGCCUGUUAUGUUUACGUACCUGUAUUUUGUA